GUCACUGUACUGUUUAUCUUAGCGAGCGCUCCAGUUGCUCAAACUGGGACUGCAAACAGGAGCAAGAUGAAGCGCGGCGCGUUUGGAGCCACGGCGUGGCCGCGCGCCACAGAGGAGUCGAAGUUUGGAUAACAAGUUUCUUCACAGAGCCCAGACACACCAUGGGGGACGGGUUACCGUCCAUGAACUAUACCAACGACACCAAACGAGGGCGAGUGGAUCUUAACGGUCCGGACAGCGGUUUCUCAGAGCAGUGGGUCGUAGCUCUGGGGAUAGUCAUGGCUUUGAUUGUGAUCAUCACUGUUCUGGGGAAUAUACUGGUCAUUGUGGCUAUAGCGCGGAAUCAGAGGUUGCAGACGCUGACCAAUGUAUUUAUUGUGUCUUUGGCGUGCGCCGAUCUGAUCAUGGGUUUGUUGGUGGUGCCGUUUGGCGCAACGCUGGAGCUCCGUGGCGCGUGGCUUUACGGCUCCUACUUCUGCGAAGUGUGGAUCUCAGUGGACGUCCUUUGCGUCACAGCCAGCAUCGAGACCCUCUGCGUGAUCGCCAUAGACAGGUAUAUUGCCAUCACGUGGCCGUUUCGUUACCAAAGCCUUCUGACCAAGUCGAGAGCCAAAGGGGUCGUGUGCGCUGUGUGGGCCGUGUCGGCUCUCGUGUCGUUUCCGCCGAUCUUACUGCACUGGUCGCGCGACAGGAACGAAACGGAAUGCUACGAGGACCCGGAGUGCUGCGACUUCAUCACUAACCGGGCUUACGCUGUCGCCUCCUCAGUCAUAUCCUUUUACAUUCCUUUGGUGGUUAUGGUGUUCGUUUACGCUCGCGUGUACCGAGAAGCCAAGAAGCAGCUCCUGAAAAUAGACAAGUGCGAAGGGAGGUUUUAUAACAAAAACGGUGUCUCGGCGUGCAAACUGAACCGAAAGCGUCCGUCCGGGAUUGUGGCCAUAAAGGAGCAGAAGGCGCUGAAGACGCUCGGCAUCAUUAUGGGAACGUUCACUCUGUGUUGGCUGCCCUUCUUCUUGGUCAACGUUGUGCGCGGAUUCUGCGCCGAGGCUGUGGACAAGGAGCUGUUUGUCUUUUUUAACUGGCUCGGUUACGCUAACUCGGCGUUUAACCCACUCAUUUACUGCCGCAGCCCGGACUUCAGGAAGGCUUUCCGGAGGCUGCUAAUGCCGUGCUGGCCGAGGCGCGCUGAUCAGGGACUGACCGUGAGCUCGUGCGAGCUGUCGCGCUGCGCAGUGGAGAGCCGCGUCCUCGCACCUUGGACCGAACUCAACGGCAUCAGGGACAGCAACUGCAGCCUGGACUACAGCUGUAGAGUUUCCCACUCCGAGUCUCAGCUCUGAGCUUUUAAUCCGGAUUUAAAUCGCAAAAUAUAUUCACUUGUAAAUGUAAAAAAAAGUAACCUGUUAUUUGCGGUCAUCAUUAUCCUUUAAAUUAAAUCAUGUGAUUUAAACAUGUUUCAUUUUUAAAUGCCAAAACUAAUGGGCAUCUUAGAACAACUAUAUUUGAGGAGAAUCGGACGAAUGCAAAAUCAUUUGUUCUCAGCAUCUACACUUCUAAAAUGCUAAAUUUCUAUAAACUCUAACGAAAUUUUUCCAAUCUUCAUGACCCAUGUUGUAUCUAAGUGCAAUUGGGCACAAUAAACACUGUAAGGGUUCAUUCCUAAUUUAUGGGUUAUUAUUAAACAAUAAACAUAAACUAAGGGGUUCCAAAAGGAUCAAAUAAAAUGCAAUACAUUCCCUCAAAUCCUCACAUCAACAUCUGGGCACAAAUAAACUCCACCAGUUAGUUCAUGGUUAAUGUGAGUCGUUAUUAGACCAUAAACAGGAAAUGAAGAGCCAGGAGAUGUGUAUUACGUUUGCCCUACAUACAUGACUGUGAGAAAAAAAAUUGCAUUUGUUUUGUUGUUCACUGCUUGACCUUUUUCAGUUUUAUUUUUAGAGCCAUUUUCAAUGUCAUUUUUCAUAUUGUACAUAGGAAUGUGUGACAUUACAGGAUACUACGGAAAUGUGCAAAUUGUACGAAACGAGAUUGUUUAUAUUAAACAGAGAUAUCAAACUGUACAUUAUUUAUUCAGUACCAUGUACAGCUGAUGGAGAGUUUUUGACAUGUGAGCAUAUGAAAGGAGCUGUGAUUCAGUGCUUCGUGUUUGCACCUUAUAUACCAUUCAAUGUGAGCUGCUUCUAUUUCUCAAUGAAUAUAAUAUUUAAUAUUUCAAUAUACCAGUCUGCCAAAUACUGAAAUGGAGGCUCAGUGAUUUAUGUAUCACUUGAGUCACUAAUAGGUUUGGUCCUAUUUUAUUCAGUAGAUUUUCUUGCCCAGGUCCAUAUAUCUAGAUUUGUCAUUAAUGUACGAGCGCCUCAUGUAAUGUAUAAGGUGGUCACAUUUAUGAGUGUGCAAUAAAUUAUCCAGUUGUAAGUGAA